GUGCUGCACAAAGUGUCCUUUCUAUCCUCUUGUUUCGAAAGAUAUUCGCAAAUUAAUUUAUUGUUGGAGAAUUGACCGGAAGUACGACUAUUUAUCUUCCGGGUAAGUAACCGUCUCGAAAGUAUGGUUAUAUGCUAGCAACACAUUAACGCUAGACCGAAGCUAGUUAAAACGUUCCUAAAUUAGGAAGAAACACAAGGCCUGUCGUAGCGGAACUUUGCAGCCACUGGUGGCUGAUUUUACAGCGGGUUACAAAGAAACUCUUAGGGCAUAUCAUAACCAACCUAAAGCUAACGCUAGCUGCCCCCUGUCGACAGUCACGAUACACUCUACAACGUCCUGCUGAUGGUCCAGGAGCCAUGGAGGGUCCGUCCUCUCGUUUACCGCCCUCUCUUUUACCGGCCUCCCGAGACUGGCUGGUGGGCAGGAGAGACUCCGGUGGGGAUGCAGAGUCAGACCGGGACAUAAAAACACACUUUCGCGUCUGUCGCUUCAUUAUGGAGACAGGAGUGAAGCUGGGGAUGCGCUCGGUGCCCGUAGCCACAGCCUGCGUGUUGUACCACCGCUUCUGGGAACGUGCCAGCGUGCAUGCUUAUGAACCCUACCUGGUGGCCAUGAGCUGUGUGUACCUGGCUGGCAAAGUGGAGGAGCAGCACACCAGGACCCGUGACAUCCUCAACGUAAGCCAUAGGUAUUUCAACAGUGGCAGUGCUCCUCUAGAAUGUGACAAGGAGUUCUGGGAUUUGAGGGACAGCGUGGUGCAGUGUGAGCUCCUCAUCCUCCGACAGCUCAACUUCCAAGUCUCCUUUGAACACCCUCACAAGUAUUUACUCCACUACCUGUUGUCCGUGAAGUCACUCGUGAACCGCCACGCUUGGUCUCGAACUCCCAUUGCUGAGACUUCCUGGGCGUUGCUUAGAGACUGUUACCAUGGCGCCAUGUGCAUCCGCCACAUACCACAACACAUCGCCAUAGCAACGUUGCACCUGGCUCUAAACAGCUACGGAGUGGAGCUGCCUGUCGGGGAGAAGGAGUGGUGGCAGGUGCUGUGUGUGGACGUGACCAAAGCACACAUCGACGCUGUGGUCUCUGACCUCCUUCAACUCUACGACAUGGAGGCCAAGUGUGUCUGAGGGACACACCUACGAGACGCCCUCACUGGAGACGCAUGGGAGUUGUUGCAUCUGUUGCGUGUGAGUAGAAUGAGUAAAUGUGCGUAUGUCGUUCCCUGCAUGUCGGGGUUCAGGUUCGUUCGUGUACUCGUUUGUGUGAGAGAGAGGAGCACUCUGUAUUGCCCCAGUUAGUCUGUGAGCUGUGACAAAAAACACACCCGCACUACUGCUUCCUGCCACUGUGGGGAGACAUUUCUUGCUUUCUGCUCUCUGAUCACCCAGCCCUGCUGUAUCCUGAUGUGCUCUGGAGUUUAUCAUCAACACCAGAAAUAUCUUCACACUCCUCAUAUAACAUGUUUUUACUACCAUGUCCACUGUAUAAUAUCCAAAGAUAUUAUUAUUAAAUCAAUAAUUCCAACAAAUCCAUGAAAAUGCAUGGGAAUGAUGACCGCAUGAGUGGCAUUGUCCUCACAGAUUUGCGGUGGGUCGUCAAAUAAAUGAGCAGAAUUUUUUUCCAUCCUCUUUUGUUCAACAUUUCUAUCUGCAGUAAACCUUUGAGCCACAUGAGGGAGCCUGAAUGUUUGUAUUCUACUUAUAACAUAGAAUCUGAUAUGACUGGUGGUCAUUCUGUUUGUUUAACUGAUGAGAGGAAAUUAAAAGAAUGAGAGCCUGUUAACUUAUUUGGUCUCAUUUAUAGUAUUGAACAUGUGUAUAUGUUUGCAACACAUGCAUUAAGCAAAGUUGUGGUUUAUCAAACAUCAAAGCAUCUCUUCUUAACGGCUGCUUUACCUGUUCAACAUAAUAUGAGAUGAUGAGGAAAUGUCAGUCAAAAUGAUCAGGAACGUUCAUUGACGCACAAAUACUUGUCUUGACAUUGCAUGUUAUGAUAUAAAACAUAAAUUCACAUGUGAAUGCAUUCAUUUGCACAAUGACCUCCCCAUACAGUAAGUGUCAUCAUGGUGAUUGUAGUGGAUAUCUGACUGUAUGAACUCUUGUCUUGUUUUUUUUUGUGAAAAGACAGUUUGUAAUUUUAUGAGGAGGACCAAGCAGAUGAAGAAUAUGUGGGCACAUGAUCUGCUGUAUGUUUUUUACUAAUGUCUCUGCUGUUAAAAUAACAUUUGGCCUGUGUAUUGUUCAAAAUGAACUCUACAGACUCUGCCCCUUUCUGUUUCAAGGACAUGUCUGGUGAUAUUCUAUAUUUUCUUGUCAAUAAAUGCCAUGGAAAAACUGAAACCAACAAGGAAUUGACAAUACAAGUGCGGUCUGUGAAUCAAAGCCUUAUGCAUGUUAUUCCUCUGUGCCAGUGAGCUCCAUUGUCGUCCAAAAACACAUGAAAGAGCCACAGUGUUGCACUGGGGGACAAGUUCCUUCAUCCCUCACUAGUUUAUGUUGCCUCAGUCCCACAGACACUGCCCUGCUGUCACAGAUACUCACUAAUUCUACUAUUUCCCCUUGGAUAAAUCAUUUUCUAUCUUAUCUUAGAAAGGGAAAAGUGUAUUAAUCCGUUCCCAACAAAUGUAUUUGCUCCUGCUUGAGUAACAUUUGGUGGAAACUACACUGACCAGCUGACCAUGAUCUUCCGUUGUGUCCCAAUUUACAGUGUAACUUCACCCCCAGGUCUGAAACUAAGUCCACCUACUGCAUAAUUUGGAAAAAUUCAAGAAAGUGGGCUAAGAGAUUAACCACGCCCACUUCCGUAUGACGAAAGCCUUGACACAGCAUCUACAAAUAUGACAGCUUUUUUUACAGCUUGUAACAUAGUGACCACAGGGCAGUGAAUUUGAUGGAUUCACUGUUCAUCAGACCAUAAAUGAGGCAAGAAUUACAUUACUGCUGCUGGGAGUAGUGUCCUAUCAGCCGGGGGGGCAGGGACCCAGCAUAUACUAUAUAUAUGUAUAUAUAUAUAUACACAGUAUAUGUGUUUAUAUGUAUGUAUAUAUACUGUAUGUUUAUAUGGAUACUGUACACGUGUAUGUGUUUUUCUUUCUUCUCUCUCUUUGACCAUGUUUUUGACGUAAAUACAGUGGUUGCAGAAUCACAUUGUUGGUUGUGGUCUUUUAUUGUGAUUUGUUGCCAAGAAGAAUAAUGUAGAAUCAUUCUAAAGGUUGCUUGUAGAUGACGUCAAUCCAUCUGUGAAUGCAGCGGUGUGAAACAGUGUGACAGCCCAGAGCUAAAAUCCCUGAUAGCUGAGAG